CAAAGAACGUCUUGCUACUUGAGUACUAACGAAGGAACUAAGCGACCCUCUACACUGAAAAUGUCUCAAUAACAGUCUAUAAUUUUGUAAUUUAGACUAAUAUCGGCAGUUCGUGACAUCGCAAUAUUACCUUAUCAAAUAUUCUGUUUGUAAAUUAAUAUUUGUCCCUCUAUAUCACACGCAGCUCAAUUCUUAGAACAGAAUUUCCUCGACAAAGUCCCGUAUUAUUAUAUCAUUAUAUUAAAUCGUACUGUACAAAUUUUGAAUCAUAUUAUUAUUAUAUAGUUCGUAAAGUCUUUGAAAGUUUUGUAAAAAAGUAUAGUCAAAAAUCAUUAGAACAAGCUAGAGGUCUUUGACUUUUCAAAGUUGCACACUUUGUCAGUCUUGAUCCAAAAGCCGAAAUGGAAUAAUCUAAAAAUGUCUUUUAUAAAUGGAGGAUCUGCAAUUGUAAGUUUGUAAUUAAUUAAUUGAUAACAAUAAUUAUUAUCAGCUAUUUUGCAGCGUGUAAGUAUCGCAUUCUAAUGAGCUGUAUGUGGAAAUAAAUGACGUAAUUUAAAAGAAAAUGAAUUGUAUUUGUACAUUGACACGUAAGUAUAAAGUACACGGAAUUUGUUGUGUACAUUGAAAUUGUGUAUGACGUAACGUACGUAAUUGUCGAGUGUACAUCUAUCAGGAGUAUAUGUGGUUACGAGAGAAGGUACUCUGGGCGCUGAACAAGAAAAUUCAAAAUUAAGUUGGACAAAUAACCGAAUGGACUUUGAAGACUUUAUUGACAGUAUUUUCAAUGCGAUUAGUUAUUCAAAAUUUUGGAAAAAAAAUUCCUUAUCUCUUAAUAAAGCUAUAGUAAACACUGCUCUAAACAUAAUAUUGUUAACUUUAAUCGUGCUGCUCUGUGCUUCGGAAGUAAUUGGAACCACAGGCACUGACAACCUUACAAGUUUUGGAGUUUGUGUGUGCCAAUUUUUGUUCCACUUUGCUGGAUUGUGCAAGUGGGUAAUUAUAAUUCUAAAAUCGGACGAUGUCAAAGAUAUUCUCAUAAGAAUCAAACGCUGUCAUGAAAUUUGCCGAAGUUACAACAAAACUCAAAAAGAAUUUUUCGAGUACAGCCAGAAAAUUGACAAGUUUAAGAGCGACAUGAUAACGUUUGCCAAACUUUGGUCUCUUCUUUGUAUCUGUGGAGCAAUUGAGUGGUGUUUGAACCCUCUUAUUUAUGAUUGUUACAAUAUUUACAUUUUAAAAAUUCCAACUACUAAUUACACACGGAGCUUGCCUUUUGAAGCAUAUAUCCCGUGGACAAUUGACAGCAAUAAAAAAUAUAUUAUGACAUUUGCUUUUCAGUUUAUUAGCGGAAUUGCCGCGUCUAUUGGAAUGGUUAUUAGCGAUGUCUUGAAUGUUAUUUUUUUAGCUAACAUAUCUUUUAAUCUUGAAUUUUUGAACAUUACUUUGGUAAAAGAAAAUAAAAACUUUGCUAUUUUGAGAUUUUCCGACAGUGAUAUGGCAAUAAAAAAAUUUAAAAGUAAAUUACGAACUUGUUUAAUUCACCACCGAGAAAUUUUAAAGUUCGUCGAUCAAUUAAAUAACUUAUCUAGCCAAUCAGUGUUUAUCUUAUGCUUCACCACUACUGCAGCAUUGUGUUUACUUUCAUUUGUAGUAGCGAUGUUUAAAAUUGAACCAACUAUAGAAUGUAUCGUGCGAUUAACAAGUAUAAUAGAAUUUUGGUUCGGAGUCACCGUGGACUUAUUUUUAUUUUCAUUCCUCGCAACAAGAAUCGAAGAACGGGGACUGACAACUGCAGAUGCGAUUUAUGCGUGCAAUUGGGAGCAAUCAAUGGCCAACUACGAUGGCGAAUUCACUGGCGAUCAUCGCCAAACGAUCCUCGAUAUUAAUCAAAUGAUCAGCUUCAGCUUGAUGCGAGCUCAAAAGCCAAUUACUUUCCAGGGAGGACUUUUUUAUGUUCUUUCUCUAGAAACAUUCAAAGCUGUAAGUCUUGUAUCAAUUAAUAUUGAUCAUUUUAAUUCAAAAAAUUUUGGAUUUUUUUUUUCAGCUCUCGGGAUUUUCGUUGUCAAACGCUGUAGUGCUGCGACAACUAUCUGAAGAAACAUAGAAUUUAUUUAUCAACACAUAUGUAUUAAAUAAAAAUUAUUUAUCAAGCUGUA